CGUUUUGGUUGUUGUCUGUUUAUACGCGAGUUUUUUUAUGUUUCUUUCGAUUCCUGCUUUAUUUCAUUACUUUUUGUGCGUUAAUUUCACAUGCAACAGCCGUGCAGUGCAUUAACUGCCAUUGGCGUGACAGUUGUGCACAUCCAAUUCGGGUUGCAGUUUCGGUUCGCUCGGUCAUGGUGCGUCGCGCAGAGUCCUUACGAUCAAGCAAGCUUAUCGCGAUGACAAUUAAUGUUCCAAUGGUGUAAAGUGGUAUUGGUUAUCUUUUACCAGAGAGCAUAGCGCAAAUUAUUGUACUGAAAGUAGUGUCGUGUCGAAUAGUUAUCAACUAAGCAACGAGGAAAAACGUAAAAAAAACGGCAACUAUUCUACUGUGGUAGUUCACAAUUUCACGAGCUUCGAGAUAGUGCGUGACAUACAUACUAGCACUGAGUCGUGUGUGCACAUUAUAGACAGUUCCGUUCGUAUAUUUCCAAUCCUUGUCAGCGGGGGAACAACAGCAGAAUCGAAAACGUAGUGCGGUAGUUAACUUACAAAUUGGGAAGAUAGACCUUGCACUAGUGUUGGUGAGCUGCCGUGGAAAUUGGCAAAACAAGGAAACCGUUCGCAGAAAAUGAGCAGCGAUCAGCAUUUGUUUACAUUCGUCUGAGUCAUUAUCGCUUGGGUCUGUUUUUUUCGGUGUUUUGAUUUAAACCCCAAUACAUUCAAAGUGAUUAAUUCGUGUUUUCUCGGGGAAAGAGAAAUUAGUGCCGAAAUAUAAUAGUGAAAUAGAUCAACAGCAGAAAAUAGUGAAGUCGAGCGAAAAAAGGAAGCAUAAAUUGUGCAAAUCUCAUUAAUAUUCGUACGAGGCAAAGUUAAGAAAAACAAAAUAGUGGAAGCAAGUGAAUAAAAGAGAGAAGCGAUAAUCGUUACUGCUGAAUGUUGAUAAAUACCACCCGCAUAUCUGCUGAGCGAAACCAACACCAAAAAAAAACAAAAGGAGGGGCCGAGCGGGUGGUGUACUGUUAACCGGAUUUGUUUUUUUUUCGUGCCGUUGUCUAUACACAAAGCCGCUGCUGCUACUGCCGCCAAUGCACUCUGUGCGCUGCAGCGACCGUCGAGGCGAGGUCAUCGCGUGAAUGAAUAUGCACCGCUGCCGAUCGUUACCACCGCUAUUGGAGUCAAUGUUCAGCUGAUGAUUCAAGGGUUGCUCAGGAUAUGACAAACCGGGGUCUUCCUUUUCCAAGAUUCGAUGUUCAAGAACAAAACAAAAACGAAACUUGCGCCUGGAUGACGAGAAUCUUCUGAGCAUAGCCGUCUUCCAGUCGGGUUCACAAUCAACAUCCCGACCCCAGCGUCCUUCGUCGAAGCUGACAUCGGUGGCACAAGUGAACAGUCAGUCAGUCAGGCAGUCAGCUGAUUGGAGGUUCAUUCGUUACGACGAAGUGAGGUCGACUGACCAAUUGUGAUAUUAAAGGAGAAACAACGGAGUACAAAUUAAUUAACCUUAAUUAAUCGUAGCUUUCAAGCGUGCUGCAGGCAUCUCUUCGGAAUCGUUGAGUCGAUCCGAGUUGUAGUUAGGCAACUUUAACACAAAUUUACAUUAGUGCGAUGGAAACUUCAAAUCGUUUGGUGAUAUUGGAAGAACAGGAUCAGAUGCAGCAUUCAAAAUGUAAGGACGAGGGUAGAAAGAAGGUGAAGAAAAAAGUAGAUUUCACUGGUAACGAAACCAGAGACAGAAUAGAAUCGGAAGCUGAUCCCAGAGCUGCACUCGUCAGUCCGAUGACGGAUGAUGAUUUUGAGAACAUUAUCGAACGAUCAAUGCAGGAUCUGGACACUAUCAAAUCCGAUUCGGACAGUGACUUUGGAGAUGAUCAUGGGCUUCCGACGAAGAAAACGACCACCCCACCGAAAAGUGCACGGAAAAAGAACAUUGGUUCUUCAAGUGAUAGUAGUGUAAGUGACGUAGAAGAAGAUGUAUAUUCGUGGAUUGAAAACUGUCCAAAAUCUCCGUUGAGCCCGAAGCGAACAGAACUGCUUCCCUAUACAGCCGCUCAUUCGUUAUUGCUUCGAUUUGGCGAACGACGGAGAUUAUCUGAAUGCUUAGAGGAAGAUGAGGAAGAAGAUAAACCUCUCAACAGCCAUGGCACAAAGGAUCAUCAUGGUAUUUCGCCAAAUCGUAAAAUACCUCUCCCACUGAAAUUGAGCAAUGUGAAACAAUUACCGGAAAAUAACGAUCCUACGGUAGUUCGAAAAUCAAGAUUCUCGGUAACCAAAGCAAGUGAGCUGCCUCAGCUUCGGCCAGAAUCCGUUAAUCUACGACCGCUGACUGCUGCGCAAAAUUCCCAAACCAUUCACUUUCCCUGCAGUCAGCUAUCAUCUCCAGCGCACAGAACAUCAAUGAAAAGUAUUUUUACUCCCGAAUCCCCUUUUCCCAAUCCGCAUAUGGACAAGCGGUUCUUUGACACAUCACUGGUCGAAAUACGUCCUCUCGCCACCAGUACUACGUCUGUGGACGAUGCGGGCUCCUCCGAGAUAGACGUAACCAGCACAGGCGACAUGAGUGUCACUGGUAAACCAUUCCAUUUGGACGAAGUGUGGGUCAAACGGGUGGAUGUGGAUCCGAAGAAACCGUCCGCUACCGGCGAUCCCGUGACAACAUCCUCCAAAUCGGCAACACUACCGGCCUCUUUGAAGGCGGCUACCCCGACGAAAGCGAAAAAAGACACCAACCACAGCGAUGCCACCGAUGGCGGUAGUCAGUUUCAGCGUCCAUCAACGGCUCCGGCCGCAACCGACUCAACUCGAUCGUCCAAGCGGCAGAAAAAGUGCGAGCGGGAUGCCAAGAAGCAAGAGAAAGAGCAGAAGAAAAUUGAACGCGAAACCGCUCGGCGCUUGGAACGAGAGGCGGCUAAAUUGGAGAAGCUAAAUCGCAAACACGAAAGCAUAUCCCGUAGCACGGAACGAGUAAGUGGUCGAUCCGGUUCUCUAGAAAGGCGGCGUAGUGGCGAGGAAGUUCCGGUGCUCAAUCAAUCCACCGUUCAUGGUAUCGCAAGUCCCAACCGACGUCCAACGAUUUUUGACGUGUUUCGCACACGCAAAGGUUCAGAUUCGAAAAAGAAGAAAGAUGACUCGAGUAAAUCGGGCUCCGACAAGGACAGCAGCAGUGGCAGUGGUACUAUCGGAGGUUCCGGGGGUAUUAUGCACAGUAUGAAAGCGGCAUUGCAUGUCGGGGGUCGUCACAGUCAUCAUACCGGGACAACGGCGCAGCCCGCAAAUGCGAAAGUGCGAGACGGAUCUGCUCAUCCGCAUGCCGGCAGUGACGCACAGUACUAUCAUACGGUAACAGCCGUACGUCGAGCGGACGCCGGCAAGUCUCCAAUGACAAAAGUGAUGGAUCUGUUCAGACAUCGUUCCAAUUCAGCAGUAUCUGAGGCUGACAAGCGCAAAGCGCGAGCUGCGGCACAGCACCAGCAACAGUUAGCAGCUCAAACGGCGCACAUGCGACGAGCAUCGGCGGAACUAGCGGAAAGACGUCGAGCGUCAUUGGGUGCCAGCCGGGGGUUGCGACCGGAUGGUACGAUGGAUCCGUACCAUGCGGCCAUCCUAUUUCGAGAUUCGCGAGGGCUCCCAGUUGCCGAUCCCUUCUUGGAAAAAGUGAACUUGUCCGAUUUAGAGGAGGAUGAGUCGCAGAUCUUUGUCAAAUUCUUCCGAUUCCACAAGUGCUAUGAUCUGGUGCCGACGUCGGCCAAGCUAGUCGUGUUCGAUACUCAGCUACUCGUUAAGAAGGCAUUUUACGCGCUCGUCUACAAUGGCGUCCGGGCGGCACCACUCUGGGACUCGAAGCGGCAGGAAUUCGUCGGUAUGCUGACGAUCACCGACUUCAUCAAGAUACUGAAAAUGUACUACAAAUCACCCAACUCAUCCAUGGACGAACUUGAGGAACAUAAGUUGGAAACGUGGAGAAGUGUACUCCAGGAAGAGGUUAAAAAGUUAGUUAGUAUUGGACCGGACGCGUCGUUGUACGACGCUAUUAAAACGCUUAUUCACAACCGGAUUCAUCGGUUACCAGUGAUUGAUCCGCUGACCGGCAAUGUGUUGUAUAUAUUAACCCACAAGCGAAUACUUAGAUUUCUGUUUUUAUAUAUUAAUGAACUACCAAAACCAUCGUACAUGCAGAAGACGCUUCGAGAGAUCCGCAUUGGCAGCUACGACAAGAUCGAGGUUGCAACGGAGGACACCAGCAUCAUUACCGCUUUGUUCAAGUUCGUGGAUCGGCGAGUUUCGGCUCUACCAAUCGUAGAUACAGAGGGUCGCCUGAAGGACAUAUAUGCCAAAUUUGACGUCAUUAAUUUGGCCGCCGAAAAGACCUACAACGAUCUGGAUGUAUCUCUGAAAACAGCAAACGAACAUCGGAACGCAUGGUUCGAGGGAGUUCAAAACUGCAAACUGGACGAAACUUUGUACACCGUGAUGGAACGGAUCGUGCGGGCCGAAGUUCACCGUCUGGUGGUGGUAGAUGACGAAGAAAAAGUGAUCGGUAUUAUUUCACUUUCGGAUAUUCUGUUGUAUCUGGUGCUACGGCCAACCGGAGAUGGUAUCGGUAAUUCCGAAUCAUUACGGGCGACGGACCCAAGAUUACAGAAGAAUUCCGCAAAGCUGAGCCAAGCGCAACGUGAAAGCAAUGAAAGCAUCGAAGAAGAAAUCGCCGACGAAAGCGGGAAUGUUGAAGAUGAACCCAAAAGUGAGGUAGACGUUGAUGAUGUAAAUAACAAGACUGAUAUGACAGAGACGAAUGAUGGAGAUCCGGAGGCAACGGAUGAAACACCAGCCGGUCAGGAAAACGGAGACGAAAAUGAGGUCCCUUCAACAGAAUCGCCAGCUGAGCGAAGUUCUAAUGAUUCUCCCGUCCAGGAUAUGCUGAACGAGGAACAAAAGGCCAUACGUGAUACACUAGCAGCAAAUGUCCAAAGAGAAGUCGGUUUGGUUAGCGAGUAAUCCUUGAAUCUUUUGGUCCGAAAUGUUUCUGUUUCAUUCAGUUUAUUUUAUCUCAAUCAUUUACAUCCACCCGUUUAUUUUCUAGUUACGUUGUUGAGAUGAUAUUCACUGCCUAUAAAUACAUAUCUGUCCUAAAUGAAGAUGAAAACAUUACGAGGCAAUUUGCAAUUUUAGGAAAAUAUCAAUUGUUGAAAAAUUCGAAAGCAGUUUUUUCGCAGUCGUUGGGUGGAAAUUCAAAACAAAAAUAUAGAUUAUUUGGUACAUUUUUAAAAAAAAAACUUUCUUGAAGAUUUAUCUAUCAGUAGCGGAGAAUAUUACUUUUGCAUUUAUCAACAACGGCUAUUUUCCUGAGAUUGGCAGUAGAACCUUAAUCUGAAGAAGCGUUUUUAUCAAUAAAAUUGUAGUUGGGUAUAAUUGUUUUAUUCUAAAAAUUUCCAAAUAAAAAAUGCAAUUUCAAACGUCAUUAAAUUUACGAUUACUCAAAAAAUUUGGGACUGUUAUGCUAUUAUGGGCAGUUUGUUCAAUUUAAAGCAGCAUUGGAAAAUGUUUUGUUUGGUUCAAUCAAUAGCAAUUUGCGCCUCAUUCUCGUAUAAUUACAUAUAGACAAGAAUAGAUUAUUAUGCAAAUAUAAAAUUAACAAAAUUCGUUGUAUGAACAGCACACAUGAAAGGCCUUAUAUACACAGAGCAUAAAAUGAUUCUAAUAUUUUUGAAACGCCACUACGGAAUGAAUGCGGGAAUCUUUUAAGAUUUACUUUAAUCGGAUGUUAUGCAAUUAGACGAAAAUGUAACAAGUACAAAAUACUGCGGAAUGGAGGAAAAGUUUUGAAAGAUAGUUUCUCACUGUUUCGAAUGCUACCAGCAGAAAUCCAAUGAAGCUACAUAUUUACCAAACAUGUGUUUUAUCCCAUCUACUAUGCCGUUUCAAAGAAGGGAGCAACACCUGAUAAGAGACUUAACGGAUUGAUUUUUUUUUGUUCUGGUGAGAACAUCAAACAAAAAGCGAAAUUAGACAAAACCAAACUUAUUUCAUUACAUCUAUUUAAAUUGAAAUCCUAAGAUACCGUUAGAAACUUAAGAAAAAAAAAUUAAACUACAAUUAUUAACUUAGCGUACGCUUUGUGAUGUAAAAAAUGUCACAGCGCGACAAACGAAUAUUUAAAUUGGAAGAAAUAAUAGAAGGGACAUGUAAAUUAUCAACUGCAUUAAAAAUCGCAGCCUGUGUGUCGCUUAAUGCAACCGUUCAUUCAUUUUCAACACCCAUCUUCGCUCUGGUUACAAUAAGAAAACUAUAUAAUUAUGUAAAUUAUUAUUUAAAUAUCAAUGGUCAGACUUGGUCGAAGUCGGGUCUGUUUGUAAGCAAAAGAUACUUGUGUGUACGAGCGAGAUGUGAAUUGGCAAUUACGGUCUGUGCAAGUAAAGAAAAAUACCAAUGCAGAGAAUGUACAUUAAUACUAAAACUGUUGAUAAUUCAAUUAAGAAAGUGUAGUUUAAUACAAUAAAACGUAGAACUAUAAACUGCUAUUACACUUUACUGCUGGAAAAUAACAAAAAUUUCAAAAUAAAAUUGUUUAAUAAUGCA